AUGAUCGGUCGUUUGGUGACUAAGGUCGCGCAGAGGGUGCCGAGCCAGUUGUACCGAGUGUCCGUGAUGAAGAAGCCGCAGGUAGUGUUCGUGCUUGGCGGGCCGGGCGCCGGUAAAGGGACCCAAUGCGCCAAAAUCGUCGAGAACUACAACUACACCCAUCUGUCAGCGGGAGACCUCCUGCGGGCGGAGCGGGCCAGGGAGGGAUCGGAGUUUGGCCUUCUCAUCGCCAACUUCAUCAAGGAAGGAAAAAUUGUCCCGGUGGAGAUCACCAUCAACUUACUAAGAAUGAAAAUGGAAGAGACCAUGAAAAAGGAUGAAGAAAAAUAUCGCUUCCUCAUCGACGGCUUCCCCCGCAACGAGGACAACCUUCAGGGUUGGAACAAAGUCAUGGACGGAAACGCAGACGUCAAAUUUGUGCUCUUCUUCGACUGCAGCAACGAAGUGUGCAUCAAACGAUGCUUAGAACGAGGGAAGAGCAGCGGGCGCUCGGAUGACAACAGAGAAAGUUUGGAGAAACGAAUCCAAACGUACCUGCAGUCGACGCGGCCGAUCAUCGAUCUGUAUGAGAAGCGAGGCAAGGUGCGCUGCGUGGACGCCUCCAAAUCUGUAGAUGAGGUCUUUGCCGACGUGAAAGUCAUCUUCGACAAAGAGGGCUGA